UGAUGCACCCCCAGGGAGGCCACGCACUCAAGGAGGCCACCCCCACUGGCUGCUGCUCACAUGGUUUCUGGGCCCCUGGCACUCCGGUGGUACGCGUGGGCAGGGCGAGGGGACAUGGGGCCCGACAUGGAGCUGCCCAGCCACUCCAAGCAGCUCCUGCUGCAGCUGAACCAGCAGAGGACAAAGGGCUUUCUGUGUGAUGUCAUCAUCAUGGUGGAGAACUCCAUCUUCCGGGCCCACAAGAAUGUCCUGGCUGCCAGCAGCAUCUACUUCAAGUCCCUGGUCCUCCAUGAUAACCUCAUCAACCUGGACACAGACAUGGUCAGCUCCACAGUGUUUCAGCAGAUCCUGGACUUCAUCUACACGGGCAAGCUGCUGCCCAGCGACCAGCCGGCUGAGCCCAACUUCAGCACUCUCCUCACUGCCGCCAGCUACCUCCAGCUGCCUGAGUUGGCAGCCCUCUGCCGCCGUAAACUCAAACGAGCCGGCAAGCCCUUUGGCUCAGGACGGGUGGGUGCCACUGGCAUGGGGAGGCCUCCCCGCAGCCAGCGACUAUCCACAGCCUCUGUCAUCCAGACACGGUAUCCGGGGAUUGUGGAUGGACGCAAGGGGUCGCAAACCCCCCAGGAGCUUUCCCAGGCCAAAGGCUCAGAUGAUGAGCUCUUCCUCGGAGGCUCCAGCCAGGAGAGCAUGCAUGGCCUGAGCCGGGCCAUCUGUCCCGCCAGCGGGGAAGCCGGUCUGGGCAGCUGCAGUACCAAUGGGAGCAGUGGGGGCUGCGAGCAGGAGCUGGGCCUGGAUCUGUCCAAGAAGAGCCCUCCGCUGCCUUCUGCAACCCCUGGUCCCCCCCUCACCCCUGACGACCCGGCCCAGCUGAGUGACAGCCAGCAUGGCUCACCCCUCUCAGCUUCUGCCCCUCCUGUUGCCAACAGUGCCUCUUAUGCUGAGCUGGGGGGCACCCCUAAUGAGCCGAUGGAUCUGGAGGGGUCUGAGGACAACCACCUGUGUCUGCUGGAAGGGCCUGGUGGGCAGCCCCGGAAAAGCCUGCGGCACUCAGCCCGAAAGAAGGAAUGGAGCAAGAAGGAGCCUAUGGUGGGGUCCCCUUUUGAGAGGAGGGAAGCAGGGCCCAAGGGCCCCUGCCCGGGGGAAGAGGGCGAGGGGCUAGGGGACAGGGUUCCCAAUGGCAUCCUGGCAAGCAGUGUUGGGGGCGGUGGCCCCAGUGGGCCCUACGUGGAGCCACCGUACCCCUGCAAGGAGGAGGAGGAGAAUGGCAAGGAUGGAAGUGAGGACAGUGGGCAGAGUGGGAGUGAGGGAGGCAGCGGCCACGCCAGUACCCACUACAUGUACAGGCAGGAGGGCUACGAGACGGUGUCCUACGGGGACAACCUGUAUGUGUGCAUUCCCUGCGCCAAAGGCUUCCCCAGCUCUGAGCAGCUCAACGCCCAUGUGGAGACGCACACGGAGGAGGAGCUAUUCAUCAAGGAGGAGGGUGCUUAUGAGACAGGCAGCGGGGGCGCUGAGGAGGAGGCUGAGGACCUGUCGGCGCCCAGCGCGGCCUACGCAGCUGAACCCCGGCCCUUCAAGUGCUCCGUCUGCGAGAAGACCUACAAGGACCCGGCCACACUGCGGCAGCACGAGAAGACACAUUGGCUGACUCGGCCCUUCCCCUGCAACAUCUGCGGCAAAAUGUUCACCCAGCGCGGCACCAUGACACGCCACAUGCGGAGCCACCUGGGCCUGAAGCCCUUUGCCUGUGACGAGUGUGGCAUGCGCUUCACCCGCCAGUACCGCCUCACCGAGCACAUGCGAGUGCACUCCGGCGAGAAGCCCUAUGAGUGCCAGCUCUGCGGGGGCAAGUUCACCCAGCAGCGCAACCUCAUCAGCCACUUGCGCAUGCAUACUUCCCCCUCCUAGAAGCCAAAGACCCUUCUCCCCGGCCCGAGGGUGCCCUCUGCAGACUUGCCCUCGGGAACCAAUGGAAGGAAGGAAGAAAGAAGCACGGAGGCCAGGCGGGAGGGGCCAGGACCCCCAGGUCCCGCGGGGGUGGCUCCUGGUAUUGUCUCCAGCCAGCCCCCCACACCCAGAGCUUUAAUGGACAGUCUGUACCAAGGGAAGAGGGAAGAGGGAAGCCAAUGGGCUCAAGCUCCACAUGCGCAUUGCUGGUGUGCAGUCUACCUCCCAAUUCCGCCCAAGCCUUGGGCUCCCUGAGAGGGCCACUGUGGGGCCUGUGGGAGUGGGUCACAGGGGUCUUGCUG